AUGUUACCACAACUGUGCAGCCAGGUUGUGGUACUGAUCACCGUCCUUCUGAUCUCACCGACCCUCGCCCAGACCUGUCCGCCAAACUGUACCUGUUACGGCAACAAGGUCGACUGUAGCGGUCAGGGACUCACCCAGGUCCCACGACAAGGCGUUCCUCCGGGGACAACACACUUGUAUCUCCGGUCCAACAACAUCAACUCCCUCAGUGUCGGCGAUUUCACCGGUCUUAACGCUUUACAAGAGCUGGAUCUGAGCGACAACAACAUCCAGACUCUCAAUUAUGGCGUCUUCGACCUGCCUAACCUCGAAACUCUGCGGCUUAGGGGGAACUCCAUUAAUACUAUCAGCGCCGGAGCCUUUACCGGCCUGAACAGGAUCAAACAGCUGAUUCUGAGCGGCAAUGCGGUCGGCAGUGUCUCCAGUGACACCUUCGGAGGUCUGAGCAGCCUCGAGAACCUGCAUCUUGACAACAACAGCAUCAGCGCAAUCUCCAGUGGUGCGUUCGAGCGACUCAACAACUUGCAGUUACUAGACCUGAGUAAAAACGCCAUCGAUGCCGUUCCUGCUGACAUCUUCAACGGACUCUCUACUCUCCAGUCGCUGUCUCUUCAUAAGAACAGUAUCAACGCCAUCUCAAGUGACAGUCUACGAGGCCUGGACAGAAUUCGUACUCUCGAUCUGAGUAACAACUCUAUCGCUGCAAUUGUGAGUGAUACUUUUGCCUCCACCCCAAAUCUCACAGAACUGAACCUCGUGAGUAACUCCAUAGCUUCUCUCCCGGCUGACGCUUUUGUGGGAGCCAAACAACUUCGGAACCUUCGGCUCAGUAACAACGCCAUCAGGACCAUCGAGAGGAACGCUUUCUCUGGUAUGCUCAGUUUGGACGUUGUCGAUCUCCAACACAACCUUCUGAGCAGCAUUGAAGAUGGCGACUUCUUGGGUCUUCGUGUAGCCAAAACUCUGAACCUAGCACACAACAACCUCACAUCACUUCCGGCAUGGGCGUUCAGAGGUGCCGAGAACAUCGUCACGAUCGAUUUGCGUAACAAUACAAUCAGUAGUAUCCACAGGGACGCUUUUAGAGGGACACCAGAUCUUCGGGUUUUGGAUUUACGCGACAACGCCAUCGAAACAGAAGACAUCGGCGACAUGCUCCCAAACAUCCAGAACGUCGAGACCCUGAAACUCAGCGGAAACGGCAUCAACACCGUCCCGCAAGACUCUUUCCAGGGUCUCACCAACCUAGACAACCUGGAUCUGAGCAGGAACAAAAUCAGUAGCGUCCAACCGGGAGCGUUCCACGGCUUGCAGGAUCUCAAGUCGCUGGAUUUGAGUCAGAACCAGAUAGAUUUUGUGCCAGGGAUGAUGUUUGAACAAAUCGCCAGUCUUCAGGUCCUGCACCUUCACAGUAACCCCUGGAACUGCGACUGUAGGCUACUGGAACUGGUCAGAUGGAUUCAGGAUACGACUGUGGAUCUGGUAAAGAAGAACGACACGAUCUGCGCUCCUUCCGGACCGUUCACGGGCCUCGCCUUCCUUACCCUGGCCGACGCACUCCCGGAACUUGAGCAGGGUUGUCCCGGAGGUCGGACAAUUGUGACCACGCGUAGACCGCCCCCACCAUUUGCGACGACGUCGCCCAAAAGAACUCCAAGCCCUGUCACCACGACAGUCGCCACGACUAGAACCACGACUCCACCGACUGUCCCCGUCACCACGACAGCUGAGAGCGUUACCUCGCAACCCCCGCCGCCGAAGCCCCAGGGUCUGUCCAACACUGCUGUGAUAGUACUCGCCGUGGCCAAAUGA